UUUCCCCCCCAUAGAGUCUCCGGUGUUGUAGGAACUCUGCCUCGGGGUUUGCAGAGAGGGGGUAAUUGUCUUUUUCUUGCUAUUCACGACUCUAACGAUGCACUUAUGUUGCCCGCUCUUCCCCUUUUUCUUACACCUUACCUACUUAAGGAGGAAAUCUCGAUUGAUUUUGUCCUCGGAAGUCGGGAAAGGCUCUCGCCGUUUUUCUGGCGGCAACGAAGCCACGCGUGAUUACGAUUCAGGCAACGACACGUCGUCGCCGCCGUCGUCCAGCAAAACCGGCGUGUUCCGGCCGAGCGGCGCCGCCGCCGACGAGAGGAACCGCAGCGGCGGCGGCGUUGAGCGUCUGGCCUCGCCGGAGAAGCUCAGGUUCCCCGACAGAGAUGACGCCUCUGACUCGGGAAACUCCGUCACCAGCUACGACUCGCUCUGCGAGCCGGAGGACGGCCCGCUCGGAGGAAACGGCGACAGAGGGCCGGUGACCUUGGGGUGUCGGGUCAAUGUCGCGAGGUCACCAAAGACUUCCAGGUGUUCCCAGAGGAGGAGAAAGUCGUCCGGAAGGCGAAAGAAAACACGGCCGUCCAGCAGCCGGAGCCGGAGCCGGAGCCGGAGCCGGUCAUCGGGUAGCUCCAGAUACUCUGGCCGCUACUCUCGAAGCCUGUCGCCGUCAUCCUGCAACUCGUACUCGCGCUCGCCAAGAAGUUCGUCGGCGGCUCCGAGGCGGCGCGGCAGCCUGAGCUCCAGAGGAAGCUGCUCCGACAGACUCCGAGACAGAAGGAGAACGACCGGCUCCGGGCCGACAGGCGUGACGCGUGGACACAAGGUCGGCGGCAAGAGGCCGAGAAGGAGAUCCUACUCGCCGAUGAAGAAGAGGAGGAGAGACUCGCCGAGCCAUCUGGAGGCACGGCGGAUCACCAGCGCCAGGAAGCGGCCCAUCCCUUACUUCCGGCCCAGCCCGUCGUCCAGCAGCCGCUCCACCAGCGCGUCGUCCUGGAGCAGCAUCUUCACCCGCAGCCGCAGCCGCAGCAACUCCUCCUACCGGAGCUACAGCCGCAGCUCGUCCUGGAACUCCAUCUUCGGGGCUCGCAGCCGAAGUCGCAGCCGGAGUCGCAGUCGGAGUCGUGGCUCGAUGCGCAAACGGCACAACACCCGCCGUUAGGUUUUUUUUUUUAACGGAAAGCUGGCGGGCCGCGGCGUGGAUGUACAGUCUGGACUUCUUUUUUACGAGCGGCUCGGGGUGAAAGGAAUAUCUUCAGUGCUCGAUCUCGUCUCAACGGGGAGAACAAACGUGUUUUGAGAAAUGAACCGACGGAGAGUAAAUGUCAAGUUCAUUUAUCCUCCGAUCGAAGUGGAAAGGAUUGAAACGUCAGUCCGUGUUACGCAACCUUUGAGCCUUCCGAGUCCUCGCGGGAACAAACACGUUUUUAUUUUUUUACCCUCCAUAUUUAUUGUUUAUUUAUUUAUUCAUUGUUCGUCGUCCUUCUCGGCGGUCGGCGGUCUUUCUAUGCAACAGCGCCAAUGUAGUUGUGAAGACGCUGCUGUGGUUUACGUUUAGUUUGAUGUUAUUUGGGGUUUUCCUCACAUCUCACAUGUCGACCUCAACGCGGAGGCAGAUGUUCAACACCAGCACAAAAAAUAAAGAGUUUGACCUUUUAGUUUUUUGGGUGCUUUGACAUUUUGGGAAACAUGUUGCUGUCCUGAGAGAGUUGGAGGACUGAAACCACUCUCAUAUACGUGUGUUCAAUAUGAAGCUCAGUUAGCUUAGCAUAACCACUUGAAACCAGCUGGCUCCUGCAGGAGGGAAAGGGGGACACGGGAGAACCCAGACUGUGCAUAAUAGAUUUUUUUUACAUUUUCUGAAGGGAUAGUACCGCUUUCGUCCACAGGGGCCGCCAUAAACCACAUUAACGUUCCCUGUAGUGACUUUAAGUGUUAAAAUGACACGUUGUGAUUACGGAAGUUUUUCUCAGCAGACAGAAAGUCAUUCUGGAAACCUCAUGACGGAAAACGAGAUAUGAAACGUAAUAUUGGGAGUUUCUUGUCCGUAUGCUAAGCUAGGCUAAACAGCUGCUAAUCGAAACUUUAUCAAAGUGUCAAAGCGGUUGAAAAUAAGUUCAUUUCCAGGAGGCUUUGCCUGCAGAGUUUAAAUUGUGCUAAAGGAAUAUUAAACCAUAUAUUUAGAAGUUAUAUUUCUCAAUCACUUAAAAUCCAUCAUCCUCCCUGUCACCGAUCCAGGCCCGACGGACUCUUUGCUCUCAACACACUCAUUUUGAUUUCCCCCUGAAUGUUGACGAAAUUGGACGAGUGAGGCGGAAGUAACGCAAGAAGAAGAGGAGAGGAAGAGAUCAUCCAGCUGCACCGUGGAGGGUUCAUGCCGUCGAUGAACUUUUAUAGAUCGGGCUCCGGGGAACAAAGUUUACAUCCGUUGUUGUGCAGAGUCAUUUUUGAAGAUGUGAUUACUGUGGAGUAAAUAUCUACAUCUGCGUUGUAUAUAUUGUACAAUUCUAAUUAUUUAAAUGUACAGAAUGUGGUUUGGGCCUUGUGGAUGUUAUAAAUGUGGAUAAGCUAGUGGACCGAGGGGGAGGAGACUAAAGGCCCCUCGACGGACUCGAGAUGUCUCUGCGCUAAAGAUUCCUCUUUCCGAUUAUCAAGUCUUCUGUUAUCGUAAAACAUAAAUAUAUAUACAAAUAAAUCCCAAUAACAAGGUCAUAAAGCGAAAGUGAGUGUCAGUGUUUAAUAAUUCAUAAGCGAAGCAGCGUAAUGUUUACAGGCUGCCACCCUGUAAUACCGCGUGUCGCCUGAAGAGGGGAUAAAAAAACAACACUUCUCCUUUUACUGCGUGUUUGUGUUUGUGUGUGUGUAGAAUUAUCUGUAUAUGAAAUCAUGUCCUGAAUAAAAAAAAUC